CUUAACACAGUCGACUACUAACUGUCGCGCGGGAAACAAAGGGUACUGUGGAGUCAAUAGUCGCGCGCUCCAUCCAAGCCCAUCAAGCCAUGUGAAAGAAAUACUGCAAGGGACGUCACAAAUAUUCGCCGUCGGGUUGAGCUCCGCUCCCCGGGAAACAGAGAUUACACCUCCCAGUCAAAAACUAUACUUGCAACCUGACAGAAUAACGGAAUUAAUGGACAUCAUUUGAUAGUGGUUGUCAUAUUGAUUGCCUAAAUCGUUUACGCCUCCGAGCGGGUUUUUUCUUUUUUUUUUUUUCCUAAGCGGAGGCGAGAGAAACAUUUCUAUUCAAGGGGGAACGGGUCUGGCCAUCGAGAUGUCAGAAGCUUUGUCACAGCAAGAGAGACUCCGGGCUAUUGCUGAGAAGAGAAAAAGGGAGGCUGAGAUUGAGAACAAAAGAAGACAACUGGAGGAUGACCGCAGACAACUCCAGCAUCUCAAGUCAAAGGCAUUGAGAGAGCGGUGGCUGAUGGAUGGAGCGCCAUCCAGUGGUGAAGAUGAGGCACAGAAACAACUACAAGAGGAUGAAACCAAGACCAAACUACUGGAAAAGACCAUCCUCGGAUUAGAACAAGAAAUUGAUGAGCUUGAGAAUGGUGUGCAUUUGAAUAAAGCGUCUGAAGAUAACAAUGAAAAUGCACCAGAUGGUCCAGUUAAGGCAGUUGAGAAUGGCAUACAGCAGCCCAGCCCCAAUGCAGGUCAUACCACCAAGAAACAGAUCACAGGCAUUGAGGCUAAGCUCCAGUGCACCAAUCCUGACGCAGCCAUUGAAAAUGCCAGUGCAGAGCACCCCGUCACCAUGGUAUUCAUGGGCUACAAGAAUGUAGAGGAUGAGGCAGAGACCAAGAAGGUAUUGGGCAUAGAGGAAACAGUGAAAGCUGAAUUUGUGGUCAUUGAGGACAGUGAGAACAAAGGGGGAAAUGAGGGGGCAAAAGGGGAGCAGGCCCCAUCGAACGGCAGCACCUCCAGUCCUGACAAAGCUCAGGAUAAGGCCAAGGAGGAGUCGAAAGAGGAAGACAAUUCGAAAGAAAAGAAGUCCUGUAAGUGCUGCACAGUCAUGUGAGUCCCUCCACUCACGCUGAAGUUUAGACUCUCGUGGAAAACUGACACCCUGACCAUAAUGCAACAAUGAAUAAGUAUACCCUGUAUACUUAUUGUUAACUUUUGUUGUCUAGUAUGUAUGUCUUUUUUAUUUCUAUUAAUAUUUUUCUAUAUUUCUGUCUUGACAUUUAUAUAUCUAUAUAUACAUAUAUUUUCAUUAUGUAAUCUUAUGAAGUCCAGUAUUUUGCUUGUUGAAGAACAGAAAAUGAGGACCACUACAGAUUCUACUUGAGGCAAUGAUGUAGUUUAAAGAACAUUUUUGUUGCCCUUGCCCUUAUUUUAUUUUAAAGAAAUAUAAGAUGUACUUCUCGAUAUAUGAACAUUAAGCUAUUUAUCUCCUGUAUACGUUUGUGUUUCUAAAAUAUUACUUUAUUACUGAGAAGAAAUUAUUAUAUUGAUAUUGCAAUGUUAUUAUGCUUUUAAUAUAUAUUUGAUCCUUUUGUUUUGUUUUAUUUUUGGCCAAAUCAUCUCAGAUCACUGUGAACACUGGUACAUAGCGUGUAGUCUUUUUCCACAAUCAUACAUUCAUAUAUUUGUAAAUAUGAUCCAAUUAUUUAUGACUGUUCAUGUUAGAAUAGAAUACAUUUAAUCAUGUUGAAAAUAGGCAACUAAAUCUACCCCAGAACCCCACUUUUACCCACAGCAGCUAUCUGCUUUAACAGUAAAUCCCUUUUUAUAGGUCACAUGCUAUUUACAGGAUAAUCCAUUUUGAAUAAAAUAGCAGAGAUAUCGCAUUUAUACUGUACGACAUACAUAAAGGGUAACACCGUUAGACAUAAUUGUAAUCAAUAUUAAUUAUUUGAAGAUUAGGAAAUUUUUCCCAAUACACUGAAAUGCCUUCUAGCACAUGUGUAAUUGCUCAUAUAGUAUAGGGAUCAUUCUUGUAGUAUGUCACACUUGCUAAAUAUAUCUUUCUAUUAUUUGGAGAUAAAAAAGUGCUUGGUGUGAAGUUGGUAUUUCAUGAUUGGUGUUAAAAGCUAUGGUUACUGUUUGGUUGGUUUGCCUUAAAUUAAACAAGACUUUAACAUCCGUGUUUUCAACGUUCAGGCAUUUCAUUCACAACAAUAAAAAUAUUAAUUUGCGUUUUUAAUGUGAAAUUUGUCCUAAUGGACAUGUCUUUGUUAAAUCUGGGGUCUAAAACAUUUUUCACAUUGCAAGAUGAAUAGCUUUGUAAAUGUUGUUUUGCUGUCUUUCUGAUAUAUUUCAAUUGAAUGAAUUAUUUCAUUUUGUGUAAGACAGUAUGUGUUGUGGAUGUUAAAAAAUGUUACAGUUACAGGUGCUUUAUUUGUAAGGCCAAUGCCUGUUUUGGUCCAAGUGUUUAAAUCGGGAAC